AGUAUUUUAUUCCUGUUCUUCCUUAUCUAUCAAUUCAAUAAAAUUACUUGUUUUGCAGAAACGGCUGUAUAGGAAUAACUUUUAGUUAGAAGUGUGUAAUCAAAAGCAAAUCGCACAAUAAAAUAAUUAUGGAAUCUGCGUCGCAAACAGUUUCUUCAGAACCAAAACUAACAGAAGACCAAGCAACUGCCGAUGUUGCUACAGAGUCUGUUGUAGAUAUGACUUUUACGAAGGAAUUGCGUAAAGCCACGAAAGACGUGCAUAAAAUUAGUGAUGUGCUUGUGAAUGCAAAGUUUGCUUUAGCGCUAUCGGACGAUGCUGUCUGGUUUGAUGGUUUAUUAGCGUUUUACGAAGUUUACAAAUUUUUGGAGGAAAAUCUUCCUGAAAACUUACUUCCUAAAGAACUUCAUCGAAAAUCAGCCUUUGAACAAGAUUUGGCGUAUUUCCUUGGCAAAAAUUGGAAAGAUAAUUACGAACCAAGAGAGAGUGUUAAGAAAUAUAUUCUUCAUUUAGAAGAAGUCAAUGCAAAAAACAAAUUACUGUUGUUUGCGUAUGCAUAUCAAAUGUAUAUGGCUUUAAUGUCCGGCGGUCAAUUGCUGCAAAAGAAACGAAUGAUUAAGAGAAAACUUUGGUUUGGUAAGCAAGCUGAAGAGGAAGAAGUGAAAUUAUCUAAUUUAAAUACGGGACUGGAUGAUUUUGAGAACCGUCCAAUGCCAAGCCAAGUUACCAUUUGCCCAGAGGGAUGUGCUGCAACUUAUUUUCCGGAGAAAAUUUCAGUUUUGAAGGAUAAGUUACGACAAGUACUCAAUGAUAAUUAUGGAAAUUUUAAUGAUGACCUCCGUGCCGAAUUUAUAGAAGAGAGCCGUAACGUCUUUAUUUACAACGGCGAUGUUGUUCGUUCUAUAAAGGGUGUUAACCGUGCAAAUCUACGAAAAUUGGCAAUGGUUUUAGUUUUUGUGAUGGGUAUAUAUUUUGCUUUAAAACUAGCAAAACGUUAAUACCUGGACUGGUGAAUAUAAAUAUAUGUAUGUAGUUUAAUGUUCCAAAACACAAUAUAACCAUAAAAAAUGACAGAUGUAAACUGUCUGUUAAAAAUUGAAAUUUUAGUUAUGUAACCCUACUUUAUCCAGAGAAUAUAUAUUAUAAACGUUCUCGACUUUAUUUUGAAUAACAAAGACUUGUUAAGCUUAUUUCUGUGUUAUUAUUUUAAAGAGGAUGUAUGGGUAUACAUAUGUAUAUGCUAGUGGUUUUUAAAUGAGGUAAAUAUGUCUAUUGUUAAAAUUUCGGAAGUCAUAUAAUAUAAAUAUUUAGUGUAUAUGUAAUAUCUUACUGCAUAUGGAUAUAACAUAUCAUAUGUAUAUGAAUAUAAUUUCAUUUCACUUACAUAUAUUCAUAUAACGGAAACUAAAUAGGUGGAUGCGUGACUACUCCGUCGUAUGUUCAAGGCUUAACUUCCGCAGAUAUACAAAUUUGUAUAUCAAAUUUGUAUGCAAUAUUUUUUGACUUAUUUGGCAAUUUCAAAGUUCACAAAAAUGUUUUUAAAAUAUAAUAUAUAAAUAUAAUUUAGAUCUAACUAAUACAUUUAUUUUCAUUAAUAUAAAUUUUUAUAUUAGUGUGUGUAACUUUGAAAAUUUCUCAAAUAUCUGGAAAAUAUCAAUCGUCUGGCAACCCUUUGUGGGUUAUAUUGACAUCAAGAUAACUAAUUAUCUUGACCAUAUUUUGACAGUGCAGUAUGAAACAAUUUAGUUCUCGGUGAAGAAUAUAAUAAUUUUUAGUAAACAUAGUUUUUAUAAAAAUAUUAUUGUGGUGAACGCAUAGAGAAAUAUAAGCGAAGUAAGUGGCCGUAAUAAAAAAUGUAAACACAACGAAUAUAUCAUUUAUUUCCUGAAGCUCUGUCCCAUUUGGCUUAACAUAAGUUUCAAAUAUUACUAUUAUUGUUAUUAGAAUUUAAUAUAAAUUUUAAUUUUAUAAUAUAGGCUGCCUAUACUUAGCGCAUUUUUUUAAAACCAAAACUACGAACGAAGUUAUACACCUUUCAACUGAUUACUUCACUGAAAACUACUUGGACACAAAAUUUUAAAACAACCACAUAUUUGGAACAAAGCAUCUUCUUAAUUUUGUCACAGAACUGUUUUACCUUUAUAUUUUACUCUAUGCACUCCUGUCAAUGAAAAUUCCUGUAAACUGCCUAUCCACAAACAUUAAAAACACUAGACCAGCUUUCCCCUCAAUACUGGACUGGUUUCUGGUAAUUCCAUAUUGUCUUACCUCAUAUCCGAUACAUUGGUAACAAAAAUCAAAACAUACAAUGUCGGAUAUUUUUACAAAUUUCGAUAGCAACGGCGCUUACGACGACUCGCAGGACUUCAUUAUGGCAUCGCCCUCUCAAAGUAGUCCUUUGACAAGUUCUAAUUCUGUUGGAAUUACUUCUACCAAUAAUGCGGCAAGUGGUGGCAGCGGCAGUACACAAAAUGCGAAUUCUGGAAAUUCAGGUACCAAUGGAACAGCUGGUGGCAGUGGGAGUGGGGGAGGAAAAACAAGUGGAGGAACGGAAAAUCAACCCAUUUUAACAAAACCACGAUUACUUGAACUAGUGCGUGAAGUUGAUGUCACCGCACAGCUUGAUGAAGAUGUUGAAGAACUCUUGUUACAAAUUGCAGAUGAUUUUGUGGAGGACGCUGUAAAGGCGACUUGUUCGUUUGCGAAACACAGAAAGGUUUCAAAAGUGGAAGUGCGCGAUGUUCAACUACAUUUAGAGCGCAAAUGGAAUAUGUGGAUACCUGGAUUUGGUACAGAUGAGUUGCGGCCCUAUAAACGUGCAGCUAUUACAGAGGCACAUAAACAACGAUUAGCGCUUAUACGUAAAACAAUUAAAAAGUAUUAAAAUAUGUGUUGAACUUUUCAAUCUUUAUUUAAAUACAUAAAAUAGUUUUUAAGUUUUUUACGAAAAUACAUUUCGCAUUUGGUUCAUACUACCUUAA